CAUAAUUUGACAGCGGUCUUUAUCAGUGAGAGCCAGCUGGCAGUAGCACACACUCUGAGAGCAACUGUAAAAAACAGAGUCAUCUCCCGAAGACGCGACGCACUGAAGUGAUUAGGAACCAUGAAGGAGUUUCUGCUCAUGUGUCUGCUCCUCUUGUUUGGAGGUCAAAGGUCCUCCGCCUGUCCCCAUCUCUGCUCCUGUCACGGCAGCCAGGUGGACUGCAGCAGCAGAUCUCUCACAGCUUCUUCGCUGCCUUCCAGUUUCUCUGCUGGGACCUCCGAGCUCCGUCUCCACAAUAACCUGCUGACCACCCUCCCUAACGGGCUCCUGGACGAUCUGACCUCCCUCCGCUCCGUCUCUCUUCACGGUAACCCCUGGGCGUGUGACUGUGGCGUCCUCUAUCUGCGAGCCUGGCUGCUGCGCCAACCUGCUGGCAGCACAUCACAUGUGGGCGUCAACUGCAGCUCCCCACCCAAACUGAGAGGUCGGCUGGUGGCGUAUUUAACUGAGCAGGAGGUGCUGGACUCCUGCCACUACUGGUACUGUGACCUGGCUUUGGCCUCGCAGGUGUGUCUGCUUGUAUUUGUGGUCGUGCAGGCGGCUCUGCUCGUGGCUCUCGUCUUCUUCCUCAAGAGGUUCGAGAAGGUGUCUAAAGAAGCAAAGAGAAUAACAGAGGAGAGCUUUAACCCCGCGGAUGGUCAGAGGGAGAACGAGUACAUGCCUUUAAAGCCGUGAUGUGCGAAGGGCUGAUCAGCAUUUGAACACCAGGGAUGAAACCUCUGUCACUGUGAUUUUAAGUUUAGGUGUCAAGUUGAAGGAGUAACCUGAAAAUAAAUAUAUUCAGAUAUGUAGAAACAUAAAUAUAUUAAACACACCAAGUUUCAGCUUCGUUUCAGGAGAGAACUCGUGAGGAAGAUUUUAGAUCUGAAAGGCUUGGAUACAGUUUUCCCCCUUUAAUUUGUCACAUGUCCAGUUGCAGACCACAUUAGACCACUGUAAAAUGAACUAAACAAAAACAAAGAUUAUUUUAUCUGAGAGUAAAUAAACUAACGUGUUAAUAAUAUCAUUGUGUUUGCUCUUUACACAUAUCUGAUCAAAUGAUGUAUGAAACCUGAUUUAUCUACAAAAUGUUAUUUAAAAAUCAUAUUUUAUGAUUUUAAAAUAAAAUAAUAAUCCAUGUGUUGUUAUUAUCUGGAUUUAAGCAUAAUUGAAGACCAAAUGAAGGGCAGAUAUGUUGUUUGUAUCUGUUUAGGGCAAUUUCAAGUUGUUUAUUCUUUUGAGCUUUAUUUUAGGGCAAAUCUCAUGAUGUCUUUUGCCAUUUUGCAUUCAUACAUUGUGUAAUUUGUAAGAAAACAAAGCAAAAGAAAUUAUUCUGAUUGAUGUUUUGUCAUAUUUGUGUAACUUUUAAGCACAAAACAA